AUGGACGACCUGCCGGAUCUCACGUCAUUUGUGCGCAAGACUCGCGGGGCUGGGCCCCCUUCUCCUUUAGUAAGCCCGCCGGACGACUCAACUCCGGUUUCAGACCUGGUCCUCACCGAUUGCUCACUCAUGAUACACCCAAUAUCAUCUUUCGACCCGCCACUAGAUUGGAGCGACGACAACGGUUGUUGGUGAUGCAUUGUAUGUGUUUGGGGGGCGCAGCGCCGAUUCACCGGCGACAAUCUCGGCCGUUCUCUAUCGCCUCGACCUGGGGACCUUCGCAUGGCGACGAUGCCCGAAUGGUCCUUCUCAACUCGUGCCUCGGUGCUUUCAUUCCGCCAACGCAUUUGGUGACAAGCUCGUGGUGUUUGGUGGACAAACCCCAGCUCAAAACUGCAGCAUUGAUGCACCACACGGUUCGUCCCCGCUUCGGUCAGGAGGGGAUCAAGGUCCAACCGAGCACCCCACGCCUAGCCUGCCGGAAACAACGGCAGCCGAACUUCGCGUCCUACCCGAGACAGUUGAGAGACUGCCGAGCACGCUCGCUUCUGUCGCCGUGUACGAUACGCGGACGGAGCAGUGGUCAUUUCCAGAGUGUGGGUGUGGCACAGGGGUGACGACUAUACCCAUGGGUCGAUAUGGCCACCUUGCGGCGGUCACCGAAACGACGAUCGACAUGGCGCCCGGAUAUACGCCCGAAGCGAAACUCUCCCGGUUGACCAUCAUAGGAGGGCAGAAUGCGAACAACGAACACGUUUACUCGAUCGCCGUUCUCGAUCUCAACUCGAUGCAAUGGAUCGACGAAGCCAAGUUUCCUCGAAGGGUCGGAAGCUACCGUGCAGCUGCAACCUCUUCAUUAGUCACGAUUGAGCCCAUGUCACAGAACCUGAUGAAGACCGUCGAUGAGCAUGGGACGAUGCAAUUUUCCGGAUCCGUGCACUCGAGCAUCGCUCGACCUUCGGAUGAGGAACAGCCAGAACCCAUCGUCGUGUUCAGCAACACAAACUUCGCCGAGUGAGUCGGCAAGGUGCCGUUUAUAUACACUACUAGGUAUACACUAUUGUUCUGGCUAAUACAUGCGAUUGUCUGUCCCGACCCUCUCCUGUGCUUCGGAAAACAGCCCAAGGCGAGAAAUCGAUCUAGUCGCCGCCCCUGUCGAUCAGCUGUCGAACCCGGCGUUUAUUUCCGUCCGGAAUCGAGAAGGGGCUGCGAGUGGUCCACCCGGGCUCCGCUUCCCCUCAGCUCAUAUUUGUGGCCAUCACAUGAUCGUAACCGGUGUUCACGUCGAUCAAGCUGGCACUCGACUCGCGAUCUGGUCACUUGAUCUAGGUCCCACAGGCGCCUCGGGGGCUCUUUCGAGCUCGGGCCCGCUACGAUGGGAACAAAUCAACUCUCAUAUAAUCAAAUCAGGGAGCUGGAAUUUGACCGUACUAUACAAUAACAUGCUACUCCUCCUCGGUUCGAAGGAAGCAAACUCCGCUGACGACUAUGCGCAUCGUCGCUGCAACUUCCAACACGUGGCCAUCAUCGACCUCGAGGCGUUUGGGAUGCACGAGCCACCUCGGCAACUCCUUUCGCAUUCCGAGCAGUCGUUCGGUCUACUGGUCCUCUCCCAAAGCUCUCUGAACGAUUUCGUUGUCAUCUCACGGGAUGGCGAGCACACCACAUGCAGCCGCUUGCUAUUGACGACGCGUUGGCCGUGGCUGAAGGCCGAGUUAGCCAAGUUCGAAAAGCGAACAAGCGAGUUCGAGAUGCGCUCAGAUACGGAGGGCCAUUCGGACGACAGCGAAGUCUUAGAUCCGAUCCAAAGAGCCCGAGCUCGAUAUCGCAAAUCCCAACACAUACAUCCUUUGAGGCUCGACCCGAGUGCCUUUCCCCUCACCGAGGAUUCGCUGCGCCUCCCCUUCGACUCGUCGACGACCCAGGCACUGUUACAAUUCUUCUUCACCCUAUCCCUCUCGACCCCUCUUCAGAGGUCCAUCUCGACUUUGAACACCCUUCUUUGGAUCGUCAAGACAUAUCCCGUCUUUCCUCCUUCUCUCGAACGGCUCACGGUGCACGCUCUUCACGAGUCGCUUUCGCCAAAUACGGCGGCCAAGGUGUUCGAAGCGGCCUCGCUAGCUGGUGCCGCGGCCUUGCGCUCAAGGGCUGCACGAAUCAUGUUGAAGGUGAGCUAAAUGCUUUCGCAAUGUAGAGUGGCCAUCCUGAACUGCUUCCACUCUUACAGGCCAGUGCUCCAUCAACAACCGAGUACCACAGUACAUGGGGAUCUUCCUCGGUCAGUCGAGGAGAGGAGGGCAACACACGGCAAACAACAACUCAGAGCUCCUUACCUAGCUCAUUCGUGUACAGGGUCAUUAUGGUGGCUCUAUGACUGCGUCAUCCGCACGCCCUCGCUCCGUCGACAGCCUUGCUUCGAAGCCUUGGAUGUCGAACGAGGUGAGUCGCCUGUACAGGUUCACUAGGUUUGGAGAUAGUCUGACGGAGCUUCAGUACAUAGGGUCAGAGGGAGCGUCCGUUACCGUUCUUGAGCGACCCCGCGGUUGAAUUCCCCCUGGUCUCCGAAGCACCACAGACCGCGUUCGGCCAUCAUGGUCAGCCGCGCUCUGGCAAAGAUUCCCCGACGGUCGAUCGUAAGCUAAUCAUGACCCCUUGA